GGUGUGAUUAAUUCGACAAGAGAACUCGACGCGUUUAGAACAUUUGCAGCGACGUUGCAAGGAAGAAACGCGAUACACAAGUGUUAAACGAAAAAUUAAAAAAUAAAUAAUUUUAUAAUAUUUUAAGUGAACAACGAGACUAGUAAAAGAGGCAUUCCAAAAUGAAUUUCUUUGCAUCGAUUGUUAAAUAUUUAAUCUAUAUCGCCAAUAUAGUAUUUUUGGUAUGUGGCGUACUCAUCAUCGUCCUCGGCUCAUUUAUGGUGGGCAAUCUUGGCGAUAUCUCGUCAUUCGAUGAGGCUAUUAACGUUGAUACACUGCCCAUCCUAAUAAUUAUACUGGGUUGUAUAAUAUUUGUGAUAUCAUUCGUUGGCUGCUGCGGAGCGAUACGCGAGAAUUCUUGUUUAAUGACUACGUACGCCGUCUUCAUGUUCAUUCUGUUCGUUCUGCAAGUGGUUUUAGUGGUUUGGGUAUUUAUAAAGCGUGACGAGUUCUUGAAAACUAUGACAGAUCUGGUUAGCACAGCAUGGAAUGAGAAUGAUUCCGCUAAAGGUUUCCCAAUGGACGCGUUACAGCUUAGCUUCAAGUGCUGCGGCAAAACUAGUUAUAACGAUUAUAUAAGUGCCGGCAAGGAUGUGCCAGUUUCAUGCUGUGGCUCGCUCGACGCUACGGUGUGCACCGCAGAUGUAUACCAGACUAAGCCGGGCUGUACUGCUGAAUUCGUUGGAUUCUGGCAGACAAAUACGAAUAUUAUUCGUUUCGCGGGCAUUGCUGUUGCGGCCAUUGAAUUGGCGGUAUUCACAAUAGCUUGUUGUCUGGCGAGCAGCAUGCGCAGAUCGCGCAGACAAUAAGUGGACCAAAUAGAAUGAGAGUGUGUGUCGAGCAUGCGGUUUUGUAAAUAAAGUACAGAAAUAUACAUUGAAUUCAUUUUAUUUGAAGUACAAAUAAUAAUUGUGAAUCGUGUAUGUAUGUAUUAAAGAAUGUAGAAGGCAUUGCAUAGGUUAAGUAAACUUAGUUAGUUAUUUUAUAUUGUUAAUCAAUUAUUAUAAAUAUUUUUAAUAUUUGUUGAUGCAUUUUAUUUAUUAUGAAUACAUAUAAUUAAAAAAAUUAAA